AUGCAGUCACUCUCCAUGUACAAACAACUUGCAUUUUCCCGGCCUUUCUCCCUAGACUGUUUCGGUUUCCUCAAGAACGCAAGACAGAGCUCUCGUCUUCCCACCAGUCCGCGCAAGCACUUCCUGCUAAGUUUCAGGAUGGAUGACCCAGCUAACCAGAUCAGGGGCAUUGUAAGAUCGUUGAUAGAGCCCUAUCGCCACGCGGUCAUCGGAGAAAACGUUUCAAAAUAUUUCACUCCCGAUGCUCUUAUUACGAAUCCAUUUUGGAGCCAUGCCAGGCUUUCGAAAUCUGAAAUACAUGUGAAGAGUAUAUACGAGAUAAUACGAUUGUUUUCGAUCAACAUCCGGGUCCAUUUCCAGGGCGUGAUGUUUGAUGAGACAAAGGAACAUUGUACAAUAGAGCUCGUCGAGACGAUGGAUUCAAUCUUACAUUAUAAUUUCCUUGCCAACGUUAGAAUUCCGUUGCUGAUUCGCCUUGAUCUGACUAAAGGAACAGAUGGCAACUACCGGAUUUCCAAGGAGAAAAGCAACAUUCCAACGGACCUUAAGAUGGUUGGGAUGGUCUUAUUCCCUACUUUAAUUUCCUUCGGGAAAAUCCUGGGCUCAACGGCGGGGAUCGGCACAGGCGUUAUUGGCCAGAUAGUUCCAAUUACUUCCUCGUAA